GUAGUAAUGUCGCUUCAGCACUUUGGCAAGGGUGCCCUCUGUGUCGCCAAAAAUUACACCAAGGGCUAUUCAGACAUGCAGGCAAAAGUUAGGGAUGUCACAUCUAAUGAUCCAUGGGGGCCAUCAGGAACUCAGAUGAACAAGAUUGCUCAGCUGUCAUACAAUCAGAAUGACUGUGUCGAGAUCAUGGAAAUGUUUGACAAAAGGUUGAGUGAUAAAGGCAAGAAUUGGCGACACAUAUUCAAGGUUAGCUGCCUUGCUUCGCAUGGAGGACCUGAAUUCAAACUCCCUCCUAGUCACUCACCGUGCUGGACUACCUCAUACAAGCUGGUUCUGAAAAUGU